UAUAUUGUUUACAAAUGCUGCUAAACAUGAACGAAUGCUCUGACUGAACUAUUUGGUGGUUGUAUAAAUGGUCAUUAUCAAACAAUGCGUGUGGACGUGCGCACCGAGGUGUACUUCUGUUCAGUGAACACUAGAGGGCGGCAAUGAGCUUAUGUACGACCGCAACCAAUGGACCUUCAAAAACUAUCGCAUUUUCUGCAUCGGACUGGGUAAAAAAAAAUACUGCAAACUGACUGCAUGUUAUGUUGACGUCCGCGGUGGAGAUCCUACAGCCUUUGACCGUGAUCGACUCCGAGGGGCUGCCUGAUUGGACAAAAGGAUAAUCCCAGGGCUAUAAACUACUGUCCUCCACACCGUCCUCUCAUCCACUAACAAUCUCCGGGCUCUGCACUAGUGCCGCAGCUCCUCGCCGGAGUCAUACCUGGAUGACCGGGGACGGGCCCGCCUGGAGAAAUGUAUUUAUGAUGCAUUGGAUUUCUGAGCGGUAUUAUUAGCAGGCGUCAGAUCCCAAACUUUGCUGCGGUGGUGGAACACCGCAGGCUGCAGGACUCGGAACCGGUGUUCCGCACAACAGACGCAGUGGUUUGGAUGGUGGAGGUGCAGACGGGAUCGCUCGCUUUCUCCAUGAACUAGAAUCACAUGUCAUUGAGGGGGUCAGUACUAGCAAACUUCUCUCAAGGAUAGCCAGCGUCUUUCUCUCUGCCCCAGUUUGGGGAGACUGAGGAAGUCAUAGCCUAACAUGUCUACGAUUCGAAGGAAGUUUGCCGAGGACUACCGGUUGGUCCACACCGACCAGGGGGUCCAUACCGACCAGGUGGUCCAAACCGACCAGGGCGCCCCUCUCUCCAAGCCCGCCAGGCGGAAGAGGCAGCGGCUCGUGGAGAAGAACGGCCGCUGCAACGUGCAAAACGGUAACCUGGGAGGGGAGAGCGGCCGCUAUAUCUCCGACCUCUUCACCACCCUGGUGGACCUCAAGUGGCGCUGGAAUCUGCUAAUCUUCAUCCUGACCUACACGGUGGCCUGGCUGGUCAUGGCCUCCAUGUGGUGGGUCAUUGCCCUCAUCCGCGGCGACCUCCGGCCGGGCGGCCACGAUGCGUCCCACACGCCGUGCGUCGCCAACGUGUACAACUUCCCGUCCGCCUUCCUGUUCUUCAUCGAGACCGAGGCCACCAUCGGCUACGGCUACCGGUACAUCACCGAGAAGUGCCCCGAGGGCAUCGUCCUGUUCCUCUUCCAGUCGCUGCUGGGCUCCGUGGUGGACGCCUUCCUCAUCGGCUGCAUGUUCAUCAAGAUGUCGCAGCCCAAUAAGCGCGCCGAGACGCUGAUGUUCAGCCGCACCGCCGUGCUCUCCCGGCGGGACGGUCGGCUGUGCCUCAUGUUCCGGGUGGGGAACCUCAGGGACAGCCACAUGGUGUCAGCACAGAUCCGCUGCAAACUUAUCAAGUCAAGGCAGACCUCUGAGGGGGAAUUCCUGCCCCUUGACCAGUGUGAGCUGGACGUGGGCUUCGGCACGGGGGCGGACCAGCUCUUCCUGGUGUCCCCGCUCACCAUCUGCCACCAGAUCACCAGCCGGAGCCCCUUCUUCGAGCUGUCGCAGCGCUCCCUCCGAAGCGAGCAGUUUGAGAUCGUGGUCAUCCUGGAGGGCAUCGUGGAGACCACCGGGAUGACAUGCCAGGCCCGGACAUCCUAUACCGAGGAUGAGGUACUCUGGGGGCAUCGCUUCCUCCCAGUCAUGUCCCUGGAGGAUGGCUUCUUCCGGGUGGACUACUCCCAGUUCCACAACAACUUUGAGGUCCCCACACCCCCGCACAGUGUCAAGGAGCAGGAGGAGAAGCCGCCCCUCACCUCACCCGGAACUGUGCUGGCCGUGGACACCUCAAGCUCCAACUCCCGGUCCCUGAGGGGAGGAGGGGGAGGCUGCGAGGUGCGAGGUGGGAAUCGCCGGGAGAGGCAGAUGUCAGUGGACUGUGCGAACUUCAUUGAGGACCAGGCCACCUUCACCACCUCUACCACCUCCUCCUCCUCCUCCUCAAACAGGCUGCCCAGCAAGUUCCAGCGCAUGAGCUCCACCAAGGAGGAGCAACUAUGGCGGGGGCCCAAGGCCGGCCUGUUGCUGCCCGGGGUGAAGGCCUCCAGCCUGGGGGACCUGCCGCUGAGGAUCCAGAGGCUGCGGUCAUGUUCCACGCCCAUCCACUGGCUGCCGGAGGAGAAGCUGCAGCUUCUGGCGCUGGACAGGGAGUCAGGGGAGGGGGAGGAGGAGGUGGAGAGGCAGACGCUACCCCCUCCGGAGCAGGUCCCCGACACUCUGCCUGCUAAGCUCCGCAGGAUGAACCGUUGACUUCUAGCAGGUAUCAAGAAAACCUGGGGUCUGUUUGAUUGUAUUUUUAUCAGGAAUAAAGGGCAUUAUAGGGGGUCUGUUGAUCGUUGCCAUGAAGAGCAGGACAAAGGUCUACAAGCUAUUCAAACUCUCUCUGUACAUAGAAUGUAUGUGGCCCUUUGCAACGUCACAUAAUAGUUUUCAAUACACUAUUACAAGAACCCUCCCUGCAUAAUCAAAACACAAGCCACAUUUUAAAGUUUGAUUUUACUGUCUUGUUAUCUAAGGUGACUUUUGCUCUGG